CCAGAUCGCAGCUAGACAUAUAUUCCUUUACACCCGACCUGGUAUGGCUUCGGACUUGCUCGCUGAACUCACCGCACAUUUCAAUGCCCGCCAUCUUUACCCCACACGCUCCUGGCUCCAAGCAUUUCUCUCUUCCACCCGCCCCAACACUCCACUUCCAGCUCUAAAGCAGACGGCGUUGUUCCGUCUGCUUGCUACUGAUCUUACAGUCUCAUUUGAGCAACCACUGCACACGGUGUUUCCACAGGAUAUCCUUACGAGCGCAAGCCAGAGUCGCUAUCUGGCCGGCCCUGUGUUGUGUCAACUGCUGGACGUAGAGGACAUUGGUCGUUCAAGGUGGAGUCAGGUCGAGGCAAUUGAGUCACAAGAGCGCGGAGAAAAGACGAAAGGUCGAGAAAUUGUGCGUGUUGUUCUGGGGGAAGAGGAGCAGCAACAACUGGCAGAAAAAAGCAAGGGACCCUUCAAGCUUUUACUGCAGGAUGCCAACGGUUUACGAGUAUAUGCUCUUGAUCUCUCUGGCAAAUGCGGUCUGGACACGAACUCUCCUAUGGGGGUCAAAAUAGUCCUGAGAGACUCUGACGUGAGACGGGGUGUGGUCAUGCUGGAGCCCGGCCGUGUGCAAGUAUUGGGUGGGAAGAUUGAGCCCUUAGAUAAGGAGUGGAAACGGUCUCGAAAGGACAGACUGAUGCGCACCGCAGCCCCGAAUGCUGACAAUGCCAAUCGGACUUGAACAAGUGCGCUGGCGCAUAAGCAUGCAGUUUUCACGUGCGCGUCACUGGCAGCUGAGCGGCUGGCGGAUCUAUCCGCAAACCCCGAACGCAGGCAACAAAAAUACCACUGCUUCCUCCCCGCUUUAAUACAGCGAUCCCUGACACGACAUUGCGGUCGCCGCCCCUAACCAAGCAAGGUACCUCUACUUUAGAAUGGAUAAUAUUAGCGUUUGUUUCAGUCUAACAUGUACAUAGCAAUGGAAAUUUGCGAGCAUGGCGAAAUCUUUGUCGAGAAGGAUGGCGAUGUCAUUUUCGACCACACAAAAAUCAUCCUGCGAGACGCCGA